AUGUCGAAUAUUAUUGACACAAUCAAUUAUUUAAAUCAAGUAACAACUAUACUUGUAGUAACAAUCUGUUUAGCAAGUUUUAUACCAGGUGUUAUUGGUCUUUUAUUAAAUCUCAUUGUUUUUACUCGACCAAGUUUACGUCAUGAACCAUGUGCAUUUUAUUUUUUUUCAUCAACAUGUUUGAAUUUAUUUAUUAUUUUAAUUAUCGUACCUGUACGUAUUCUUUCAAAUGGUUUUAAUACCGAUCUAGCUGAUCGUAAUCUUGGUAUAUGUAAAUUAGAAUAUUAUACAUUCUUUAUCGUACGUGCUACAUCUUGUUGGUUAAUUGUAUUAGCAUGUAUCGAUCGAUAUCUACAUAGUUCAUCAAAUGCUCGUAUGCGUCGAUUAAGUUCAUUAAAAAUAGCACGAUUAGCUGUUGGAUCUAUCUGUAUAUUAUCCAUUAUUUCAUAUGUUCAUAUGAUUAUAUAUUAUGAAAUAGGAAAUACAACGAAUCAAUUUGGUGUCAUUAUUUCAAAAUGUAAUGCACGAAAAGGUUUUUAUCGUACUUUCAAUGCAUUAUGGCAAAUGAUUAUGUAUUCAUUAUGUCCAUCUUUAUUAAUGAUUUUAUUUGGUUGUCUUACAUUAAAUAAUAUUCAUCAACGUCGUCGAGUAUUACCCAUUAUGGGUGAAAAUAAUCGAGCUAUUCGACGUACAGAUAGUCAAUUAUUACGUAUGUUAACUGCUCAAGUUCUUUGCAUUGUAAUUUCAACGUUACCAUCUUCUGUUGAAAGACUCUAUUUAUCAAUCACAGAAAAUAUUGUUAAAGAUUCAAUUCGAGUUGCUCAAGAAAAUUUAGCUACUCAAACGGUAAAUGCAAUGACAUAUUUUGCUCAUUCAACUACUUUCUAUUUGUAUACACUAACUGGUGCCGUUUUUCGCAAGGAAGUUUUCAAAAUUUUCCAUCGCUGUUUUCGUCAAAAUCACAAUAAUCCAGUGAAUAUAUCAAAUGAUAGCAAUAGAAGAAUAAUCUUGGAAAAGCAACAACGUAAUAUUAAUGCGACUAGUGAUCUUAAUAAACCAUAA